CUCUUCAACAAAAUGCACGCCACGACCCUCACUUCCGCACUAGCAAUGGCGGCGAUCGCUGCUGCAGGUACUCCAGACGCCGGAGACAGUCCUGCCGGAGUAGUAUACAACGCUACUCUAGUUUCUGCUCCAGGUUUCGACACCAAAGGCUACUUCUCUUUCAAUGUCCAAGGAGGAAAACCCACAGUCGACUUCAAAUUCACCGGUGUCGGCAAAGCCAAAGGCGGUCCCUUCCACUACCGAUUCUAUGAGAAUGCAGUCUCCGGAAACAACUGUGCAGCUACGGGCAAUAUUUUCGACCCAUAUGGAAACGGCACGAAGGACUGCAACUCUAAAGUGCUGGGUUCAAAUAAGAAGGACGACUGCGCCGUUGGUGAUGUGAGCGGCCGCUUCGAUUUCAUCAGCACUGAUGCUGACGAGAACUCCAACACCGCUAUCCCUGACUCCAAAGUCUCACUCGAUCCUAAGCACAAGAACUUCGUCGGGAACCGAGCCAUGGUCAUUACCAACGGUAAAGAAGAGCGCGUUGCUUGCGGCACUUUCAAGUGUGUCAAAGGAUGCCCAACCGGGGGUAAUGGAACUACAAAUGGUACCUCCAACGGUGCUUCUGCGGGAAAUAACGGCACCAGCAGCGGCAACAGCACUGUCAAUCCCCCUAGCUCCCCGCCUGCUCCCAGCGGCUCGAACAGCCCUAAUGGUCCCAAUAGCCCUAGCAUUAAUCCUCCGAGCCGUCCCAACUCUGGUACUCAGCUCGUGGUCGGAGUCGGGGCUUUGUUCGCGGCUUUCGCUGUUGUCUUGUUGUAG